GAGCCUGCUGGCGUCCCUGCCCGCGCCGAGGGCCACUCUGGGCUCGGAGACCUCCCUAGGCGGGGGCGGGAGCAAGCUGGACCUGUCGGGCGUGGGCCGCGCGAGGAAGAGGCCCGCGGAGCCGACGGCGGACGCCGUGGCCAAGCUGCUGCGGCCGGCGGACGACUUCAGCAGCGUGCCCGAGGGCCUGCACUCGCACCCGCUGUUCAAGGACGGCGGCGCGGCCGCCGGCGCGGACGGGCCCUCGCAGGACGACCUCGCGCAGAUGAGGGCGACCAAGGCCGUGGCCGAGAUCCGGGCCCAGGACACAGGGACAUGAUGGAUCCCGACUGGUCCAUGAACAACCUCAUCCACGGGGGGCCUGGGCUCCACAGCGGCAAGACGGUGGCCGAGGAGGUGAGCAUGUACGAGACGGAGGCGUGGAAGAAGACCACCCUGGCCAACCCGAACCGCACCCAGAAGCGCAAGCACCAGAUCAACUGGCUCGCGCAGGAAGCGAUCGACAAGGAGGCAGAGAUGCUCGACCGCCAGGCGAACGGCAGAAUGAGCAAGGGGCAGACUGCGAUGAAGUACGGCUGGUGA